UAUACAAGAGCGAGCGAGACACUUCUACCAAACACACAGUGACACAGAUCAAGAGAAAAAAAUGGGAGAGACCAAAAAUGGCGAGAAAACGCGCGUUUUGGUGGUGGGAGCGACGGGUUACUUGGGGAAGAGAAUCGUGAGGGCGUGUUUGGCUGAAGGUCACGAAACUUACGUUUUGCAGCGACCAGAGAUUGGUUUUGACAUCGAGAAAGUCCAACUCCUUUUGUCAUUCAAGAAACUUGGCGCUCGUCUCGUCGAAGCUUCUUUCUCCGACCACCAAAGCCUCGUAUCAGCAGUGAAACUCGUAGACGUCGUUGUCUCCGCCAUGUCGGGCGUUCACUUCCGUAGCCAUAACAUCCUUGUCCAGCUCAAGCUUCUUGAAGCCAUCAAAGAGGCUGGUAAUGUUAAGCGGUUUUUACCAUCUGAGUUUGGUAUGGAUCCACCACGUAUGGGACAUGCGUUACCACCAGGCAGAGAAACAUUCGACCAGAAAAUGGAAGUGCGUCAUGCUAUUGAAGCUGCAGGAUUACCUUACACUUACGUCGUUGGCGCUUGCUUCGCUGCAUAUAUGGCAGGAAACUUAUCUCAGAUGAAAAAUCUACUCCCUCCAAAGAAAAAAGCUUAUAUAUAUGGAGAUGGAAACGUAAAAGCUAAAAUCAUUACUCCCUCCAAAGAAAAACUUUACUCUUCUGAGUGUGGUUAUUAUUUAGCUGUUAGAUUUGAAUGAUUAACCUCAUAAAGUUUCUAAAGCAGUCAAGCUUUAACGGUGUUAUCUUCGUAGUGGUGUUCGCCGAUGAAGACGUUUAUUGGUGUGUAUAUAACCCGGUUUUCCGGUUAGAUGUAAAUGUGUAAUCAGAUUAGUGGUUUAGUUCGGUUUAGAAUAGCGCUUGCUAUAUAUAAGUGUAAAUAUUCAUUUUAUCAUUUAUGGAAAUAUAUUUUCUGUAACAAA